CGCGUUUCGGAUCUGCUGCGCUCCUUGAGGGAGGUUCACCGAGCGGGACAGCGAGGUGUGCACCCAGAAUCGAAAUGAAGGCGAUUUCUCCCAUUUCUGAGACCUCACCGCCUUUUGCCUGGACUACUGCAGUGGCCUCUUGUCUGUCUUCCCAAGCCUCAGGCUGUCUUCGGACUUACGAGCAUUUUAAAACGUAGUUCAGACGUUUCACUCAUUUGCUUGAAGACCUUUUGUUUUCCUCCCCUACAGCAGCGUUUCCAAACUUGUCUGGUCUUCGGAACCGCACUGACUAUUCUUUGGUUCGUGGGUGAGGCUGGGAAAGCCUGUAUUUUAAGAUUCUUCCCUCGCGAUUCUGAAAUUAGUUCAGUUGGGAACCCUUAACUUGGCGUUCAAGCUCUGACCAAUUGUUCCCUAGCUAACCUAGCUCUCCACAUCCUGGGUCGCAGCCCCUGCAUUCUGCACUCGCGUGACUUUACAGUCUCAAAGUGAACACUGCCAGGGCAACACAGCAAGGUUUGGGGAUUACAGGUGAAGUCAGCCCUGUUCACACGCCCUUGAGCUGAUUCUGAGAGGCGCAAGUAAGGGAUAAGAAUGUGUUCUACCCACACUGAAGGCACAAGUGAAAAGGAAGAUUAAAAAGUUUCAUAACCGGAGGUGACACAGGGGACAUUAAAAACUAUUCAGGAAAAUCAAAUAACCAAAAUGGAUCCUGAAAUGGUUUUCAGGAGAACAUUUCUAAGAGCAUGGAUGGAAGAUCUCUGCUCCCUUUUCUUUACAGAUCCCAGGGUCCUUAGACUUUUUUCCAGUUUAGAGACAGUGGGAGCCAGAGCCAGGGUUGUGUGAAAGAAGCUUCACCUCUUUCCAGUAUGAAAAGUCCUAGUGACCAGCCCCAAGAGAGAAGGACUUUCUAAGUUCAACAAGAUCUAUGAAUUUGAUUAUCACCUAUAUGGCCAAAAUGUUACCAUGAUAAUGACUUCAGUUUCUGGACAUUUGCUGGCUCAUGAUUUCCAGAUGCAAUUUCGAAAAUGGCAGAGCUGCAACCCCCUUGUCCUCUUUGAAGCAGAAAUUGAAAAGUACUGCCCAGAGAAUUUUGUAGACAUUAAGAGAACUCUGGAACGAGAGACACGGCAGUGCCAGGCGCUGGUGAUCUGGACUGACUGUGAUAGAGAAGGUGAAAAUAUUGGAUUUGAGAUCAUCCACGUGUGCAAGGCUGUGAAGCCCAAUCUGCAGGUGUUACGAGCCCGUUUUUCUGAGAUUACGCCCCGUGCCAUCAGGAUGGCCUGUGAAAACCUGGCCGAGCCUGAUCGGAGAGUGAGUGAUGCUGUGGAUGUGAGGCAGGAGCUGGAUCUGAGAAUAGGAGCUGCCUUCACCAGGUUCCAGACGCUGCGGCUUCAGAGGAUUUUCCCUGAGGUGCUGGCAGAGCAGCUCAUCAGUUACGGCAGCUGCCAAUUCCCCACACUGGGCUUCGUGGUGGAGAGGUUCAAAGCCAUCCAGGCUUUCGUGCCAGAGAUCUUUCACAGGAUUAAAGUAACUCAUGACCACAAAGAUGGCAUCGUAGAAUUCAACUGGAAAAGGCAUCGACUCUUUAACCACACAGCUUGUCUUGUCCUCUAUCAGUUGUGUAUGGAGGAUCCCAUGGCAACCGUGGUGGAGGUCAGAUCUAAGCCCAAGAGCAAGUGGCGGCCUCAAGCUUUGGACACUGUGGAGCUUGAGAAGCUGGCUUCUCGCAAGUUGAGAAUAAAUGCUAAAGAAACCAUGAGGAUUGCUGAAAAGCUCUACACUCAAGGGUACAUCAGCUAUCCCCGGACGGAAACAAACAUCUUUCCCAGAGACUUAAAUCUGACAGCAUUGGUGGAACAACAGACUCCAGAUCCACACUGGGGAGCCUUUGCCCAGAGCAUUCUGGAGCGGGGCGGCCCCACCCCACGCAAUGGGAACAAGUCUGACCAAGCUCACCCUCCCAUCCACCCCACUAAAUAUACCAGCAGCCUGCAGGGAGAUGAACAGCGACUGUAUGAGUUUAUCGUUCGCCAUUUCCUGGCUUGCUGCUCCCAGGAUGCUCAGGGGCAGGAGACUACUGUAGAGAUUGACAUUGCUCAGGAACGCUUUGUGGCCAACGGCCUCAUGAUUCUGGCCCGAAAUUAUCUGGACGUGUAUCCAUAUGAUCGCUGGAGUGACAAGAUCCUCCCUGUCUAUGAGCGAGGCUCCCGCUUUCAGCCCAGCACCGUGGAGAUGGUGGAUGGGGAGACCAGCCCGCCCCAGUUGCUCACCGAGGCCGACCUCAUUGCCCUCAUGGAGAAGCACGGCAUUGGUACUGAUGCCACCCACGCCGAGCACAUCGAGACCAUCAAAGCCCGGAUGUACGUGGGGCUCACCCCAGACAAGCGGUUCCUCCCUGGGCACCUUGGCAUGGGACUUGUGGAAGGUUAUGAUUCCAUGGGCUAUGAGAUGUCUAAGCCUGACCUCCGGGCUGAGCUGGAAGCUGAUCUGAAGCUGAUCUGUGAGGGCAAGAAGGACAAAUUGGUGGUUCUGAGGCAGCAGGUGCAGAAAUACAAGCAGGUUUUCAUUGAAGCAGUGGCUAAAGCAAAGAAAUUGGACGAGGCCUUGGCCCAGUACUUUGGGGAAGGGGCAGAGGUGGGCCAGCAGGAAGAGAUCUACCCAACCAUGCCGGAGCCCAUCAGGAAGUGCCCACAGUGCAACAAGGACAUGGUCCUCAAGACCAAGAAGAGUGGCGGGUUCUACCUCAGCUGCACGGGUUUCCCGGAGUGUCGAACGGCUAUGUGGUUUCCCGACUCGGUGCUGGAGGCCAGCAGAGACAGCAGCGUGUGUCCAGUCUGUCAGCCACAGCCUGUGUACAGGUUGAAGUUCAAGUUUAAGCGUGGUAGCCUUCCCCCAACCAUGCCUCUGGAGUUUGUUGGCUGUGUCGGCGGAUGUGAUGAAACCCUGAGGGAGAUCCUAAACCUAAGAUUUUCACGGGGUGAAAGAGCUAGCCAGCCCUCUGGCCACCUGCAGACUAGCCAGUCCCUGAACAGGAUGGAUGGCAGCCAGCACAGCAACCCCCAACCUCCUGGCAACAGACUGACUGGGCCCUCCAAGGCUCUGGCCCAGCUCCUCCCCACACCCACUACUGCUGGUGAAAGCAACUCCGUGACCUGCAACUGUGGCCAAGAGGCCGUGCUGCUCACUGUCCGUAAGGAGGGCCCCAACCAGGGCCGGCAGUUCUAUAAGUGCAAUGCAGGUAGCUGCAACUUCUUCCUGUGGGCAGACAGCGGCCAUCCAGAAGCAGGAGGGCCUCCUGCCCCAGCAUCAAGACCCCCAGGUGGCUCUCUGGGACGCCUGCCAGGCUCAGGGAGCCACCCAGGUGGGUUUGGCAGCCUUGGUGAUGGCGGCAGUGGUGGUGGCACGUCCUGCCUAUGCAGUCAGCCCACUGUCACACGGACCGUGCAGAAGGACGGGCCCAACAAGGGGCGCCAAUUCCAUACGUGUGCCAAGCCCAGAGAGCAUCAGUGCGGCUUCUUCCAGUGGGUCGACGAGAACAUGGCUCCAGGGACUUUGGGAGCCCCACCCUGGCCAGGAGGGAGAGGAAGAACCCAGGGGCCAGAGGCCAGAGGCAAAAGACCCCGGGCCAACUCCUCAGACCCAGCUACAGCUAAGAAACCCCGCAAGUGCAGCCUUUGCCACCAGCCUGGACACACUCGUCCUUUCUGUCCUCAGAACAGAUGAGGGCAGGGUAGGGUAGUUAGGGCCACUUUCUCAGACCUGUCCCCUUAAUGAGUUAACCAAGACCAGGCGGCUGUUCAUUGUCCUGGAAGCUGAGAAAGCAUGGCACCUUCCCGUGUUAAGGAGCACAAGAUCCACACUGCUCUAGAGAAGGGCAGCGCUGCUGGACAGGGGCCUCUGCCCAGGGCUCAGGAAUGACCAUAGCCACUGAUGAGAAGUCACACAUCUGCUUCCUGUGACCCUCCACGCCAAGGAUAGUCACUAGUUAGGUCACAGUAACACUAGACAUUGGUGCAAAGCAAGAAGAGCCCCAGCUACUUAGGAAGCUGGGGUGGGAGGGUUGCUCUUGAGCCCAGGAGUUUGAAACCAGCCAGGGGAACAUAGUGAGACCCUGCCUCAAAAAAAAAAAGAGGCUUUCUUCCCUUGCAGAAUCCCCGAGCAGCCAGCUCUCCCAGGCAGACUCUGGGCAGCCUGGACAUCCCGAGGAGGAGGGUGUAACGUGGGGAAGUAGCCCUCAUUCUCAGCGGAGCAGCUUCAGCCCCUUUUCACCUAAAAGCCAGGACUCUCCAGAGUCCACGUGCCUCAAGAAAGAAUUCAGCCCCACGCUCUGCCCAGUGACAGCGCAGAGCAUCCAGGGACAUUUGCAGGAGUGACAGGCACGAACACUGGCCAGUGCUAGAGGGAGCUGUCACCCUGGGGCCUCUUGCAGGCCACUGUUCCUGGUGGUCCCCUGCCAGCCCACCUGUCCAUAUGACAAUCACUGAGCCCACCUUCUUCCCACCUCACAGUUUGUCCCUUGGGGCAGAGAAAAUGCCCAGUGCAAGACUCAACACUAACUUCCCAUUGCCCGUGCUUUGCAGCAGUGGCCACGUUCCUUGUUUGCCUUCACAAUAACAUUACGAAUAACGUGCAGCCCUAUGGGCUCUGGUUGUACAGUUUAGAAGAGGAGUAGAGAUAAGGUGCGAGUUGCCCACAGUCGUGUUGCUAGUUGGUGAGAAACUGGAACUGUUCUCUGAUCUCGGGACUCUCAGCCCAUACCCUUCGGUGAUACCAGCGGCUAUGUCCUGGCUAGCGUCAGGGAGGGAUUUUUAUAAGUGCAAAUUCUUGGAAUUGUUCCUGGAGCCUCUCAGCCAGUGGUGUGGGUCAUGGCCCUGCAUUUGUGGGGUUUUACCCUCCCAGCCCCUAGCAACCACCAGUCUACUUUUUGUCUUCCAUCUGUCACUUGUUGGGACAUUUCAGUCGUGUCUGCCUUUUGGCCACUGUGAAUAGUGCUUCUGUGAACAUUCGUGUGUGAGUGCUUGAUUAUUUUCAGUUAUUUUGGGCAUAUGCCUAGGAGUAGAAUUGCUGGAUCAUACGGUAACUCCAUGUUUUCACAUUUUAAUGCACCACCAAACUUUUCCAUGUGGCUGCACCAUUUUACAUUCACCAGCCAUGCAUACAGAUCCUCCGCAACAGCUGUUAUUUGUUUUUGUUUUUGUUUUUUUGGUAUCAGCCAUCCUGGUAUGUGAGAAGUGGCAUCUCAUUGUGGUUUUGUCUUGCAUUUAUCUAGUGACAUUGACCAUUUUUUCAUGGGCUUACUACUUGCCAUUUGUAUUCUUUGGAGAAAUGUGUAUUUGAAUACUUUACCCAUUCUUAAA